CCAUGGCGUCAGGCGCCGCAGCACCGGGGAGGUGGUUCCCACUUUAAAGAAGUGAAGUUUUUCGCCCCCUCCCCCUCCCCGCCCGCCUCCUGCAGCCUCCCGCGCCCCGCGGAGCCGGCGGAUGGAGCUACGCUGCGGCGGCGUAGGGAGCCAGGCUGGGGGGCGCAGGAUGGAUGGGGACAGCCGAGAUGGCGGCGGCGGCUGCAAGGACGCCGGGUCGGAGGACUACGAGAACCUGCCGACCAGCGCCUCCUUAUCCACCCACAUGACAGCCGGAGCGAUGGCCGGGAUCCUGGAGCACUCGGUCAUGUACCCGGUAGACUCAGUGAAGACACGAAUGCAGAGUUUGAAUCCAGAUCCCAAAGCCCAUUACACAAGUGUCUACGGAGCUCUCAAGAAAAUCAUACGGACUGAAGGCUUCUGGAGGCCCUUGCGAGGCCUCAACGUGAUGAUGAUGGGUGCGGGGCCCGCCCACGCCAUGUAUUUUGCCUGCUACGAAAACAUGAAAAGGACUUUAAAUGCCGUUUUCCACCAUCAAGGGAACAGCCACCUAGCCAACGGGAUAGCUGGGAGUAUGGCCACCCUGCUCCACGAUGCGGUAAUGAAUCCAGCAGAAGUCGUGAAGCAGCGCUUGCAGAUGUACAACUCGCCGCACCGGUCGGCCCUCAGCUGCAUCCGGACAGUCUGGGGGACGGAGGGCGUGGGGGCCUUCUACCGGAGUUACACCACGCAGCUGACCAUGAACAUUCCCUUCCAGUCCAUCCACUUCAUCACCUACGAGUUCCUGCAGGAGCAGAUCAACCCUUACCGGGACUACAACCCCCAGUCCCACAUCAUCUCAGGCGGGCUGGCCGGGGCCCUCGCCGCCGCCGCCACCACCCCGCUGGACGUCUGCAAGACCCUCCUCAACACUCAGGAGAACAUGGCCCUCAACCUGGCCAACAUCAGCGGCCGGCUGUCGGGCAUGGCCAACGCCUUCCGGACGGUCUACCAGCUCAACGGCCUGCCUGGCUACUUCAAGGGCGUGCAGGCUCGUGUCAUCUACCAGAUGCCCUCCACGGCCAUCUCCUGGUCCGUCUACGAGUUCUUCAAGUACUUCCUCACCAAGCACAAGCUGGAGAAUCGAACUCUAUACUAAAGGAAUGGGGCCGUGGCAAGUGAUUCCAGAAUCUUCUAUUGGGCAAAGGCUCCCCCUGCCUGCUUCCAUUCCCUUGCCCUCACACCAAGAUUUCUUUCGGCAGGGUGUUGGCAGGGUGGGGCUUCUGCUCCCUGAUGCCUUAGAGAGAGGAGGGGAUGGGACAGCCGCUGACCCGCCGGCCGUCCGCAGGGACAUCCCAGCUGGCGGAAGGAGGGGAAAGACUUGGGAAGCGGAGGGAGAAGUUGCUUUUUCUCUCCCUCCCCCGAGAGUGAUGCAGCUUUUCUGCUUCACUGUAGCAUCUCCUCCCCUGAAAUCAUAGAUCACACAGGAGGGAAGAAAAUGUGCAGUGACUGAAAACAUUAAAGAGGAAAACAAAAAUGAUGUAUAUAAAAGUUCCAGUACACAGUAUCAAAUAGAUGGAUAAUGUUUAUCCUUUAUUUUUCUAUGGAGACAUUUUUGGGUUUCUGUGUGUGCCUGUGUGUGUGUACAGACAAGUGUUAGAACUGGGACUAGAGCUGGGGUUUUUUUUGUUUGUUUUUUGUUUUUUUAAACAGAGGGCUGAAUUCUUCCAUCGGGUUAAGCAAAAAAGGCACCAAAGUCAUAAACUGCUCCACGUGGCCUAAAACUGUUGAGCCCCUCAGAUGGAAGUUCCACUUGAAUGUAAAAUAAUAAAUACAAGGUUUAUAUUUUGAAUUUCUCUUUUCGUGGGGGAAAAGGUACGUUGAAAAAAAAAAAAGUCAAAAUAAUGAUAUAUUACUUCUAACUGCUUUUGUUUUUCCUUUUAUUCAGUCAGUUGCCUUCAUGUGCUUUCUCCCUUUGUCUUUCCUAGAAAUUCCAGGACCAAAGAUCUGGCCCUGGGGCUUUUCCUCUUGCUGUGUGCACCCCUCCCCCACCCGACUGGCUGGCAGCAUGGCCCACACUGGGAGGACAGUGGGCCCCAGUGGAAUUAGGGUGGCGGGCCUUGGACUUACUGAGACCUUUUCCUUCCCUUGUGAGUGACGUGAAUGUAUGUCUCGCGGGGCCAGCACUUAGAAGCCCUUGAAAUGCCAGCAUUUAGCUACUUACGGGGCAGCAAGCGAGAAAAGUCCUACCUUGAUCCUCCGGCUUUAAUGCUCCACCAACCUUUUACUCAGGCACUUCGGAUAUUCUUGUCUGUGUGGGUUUUGACGAAAUCUCUCGAUCUGUCUUAUGUUUCCCUGUGCAGCUUUAGCGCUUUUAAAAACCACAGCAAGUGUGUCUAUGGCGUUUGCCUGCCCCCCUGCCCGCCACGAGUUUCCCCGUCAGGCCGGGCCCCCCAAGUCCAGCUACUGAAGGCAUCUGGGCCCUGGUGUCCAGUCAGGGUGCCUCUGAGCCAUCUCCAUCCUUGCUCAGUCCGUGCCCUCUGAGACCACGAACUGCCUUGUUUUCUGAAAUGGUGCAUCUGAGCCAGAUGAUCACUAAGAGCAAACGCAAGCCUGUUUCCUCUGGCCACACCCUUCCGUGGGCUGCCAGGCCUCUCUCCAAGGGAAGACCCCUGGCUUCAGUUUCCUUUCCGAUCCUGUCUUUCAGAAUGAGCAGGAAGCAUGUGUGUGUGGGUUUCCAUUCUCCCUGGCUUGGUCCUGACCUUCGCCCUUCACCCUUCUCCCUUCACCCUUGGCCUUAGGCAGGGUCAGUGUCAUGCAUUCUCAUCAGACUCAGACCCAGGCUCCUCUGGAUGCCAUGACUCCUGGGAAGAGCUCAGGUGGCGCUGGGACAGCCGGCCUCCUGGGAUCUUGUGCCUCCGGGGGUAGUUUUCAGGUCUGGGGCAGGAGUGAGCCACGUCAGGCAGCUCCCGCACGUGCCUGCUGUGCGGGGUCUUCUGGGCUGAGGGGCCUGGCUGCUGACCUGUCCCCCUCAGAGUCAGCCCACCCCCGCCCCCAGUGGAAAUCAGUUGCAGCAAGCUCCUGUCCCACUCAGGGAUGCAGAACACCCAGGGAUGCCAGGCUGCUGCAGGAACUGUUUACAUCUCUCUAAACAUGCCUCCCCGCCGCCCUUAGAGUUAUGUUCUGCAAACGGAAGAAAAACUAGAUCAAAUUCUAAGAUAAUUACCACCCACCCCUUUCCGUCCACUUAAGAGACGCCGCACUGCUGCAGAAUAUUCCUUAUUUCUGAUGGGAUUUUGUUUCCAGUGGUAUUCUGGGAAAGCUCCUUUGGGUAGGGAGAUGUGAAGAUAGGCGGCGUCUCAGGAUUUCAGAGUCUGUGGGCUCAGAGUCCGGGGGUCUGAUCCUGGCUUUCCUUUCACAGUGCACAGGGAUGGGCUGGGAAGUGGGGCUGAUGCCACCUGUCCUGCCUUCCCCGCUGGGUCUUCCUGAGGCUGAAUGAGCGAUGUAUCUGCAAAAGCUUUGAAAGUUGUGAAGCACUAGACAAAUGUAAGUGGUCAUUAAUUUCAUAGGAAUUAGCCACCUCCCUGCCUCGCCCUGAGCUCCAAAGCUUGUGUGACUGCCCCAUGCGGACUGCAGCCCCGUUGUUGCUUGUGACUUCGACUUUGCAAAGAGCUAAAUAGGAACGUGUUCUCCCCACACCCUGCCCCUGGUGAUGUCUUGGUCAUUAGUGUCUUUGGCCUUUGGGGUGACGUCUGCCACCAGGCAAUGCUACUUGAGUUCAAUACUCAUCGUGUGUGUGACUCUUCUGCUCAGACCAUGAUUAGAGAUCCAACCACUUGAUCUGAACUUUACUUUUAUUUUUGAAUUAAAAAAUUGAUUUUUUUUCAAAAGGGGUAAAUCUUCAACCCGUGACUAUUUUUUCUUCACUUUGGAUUCAGUCUAUUUCCUGGCUUACAUCCUUUUGUGUGGGUUCUUUCUCUUUUUCUUUUUUUAAAAAUGCUGAUGUUUUAUUCCAAGUGCUGUCCUCCAAAGCCUCCUGAAGGCUGUAUCUGCCACACAUUGUUACGCCAAGAAGGUUUUAUUUAACUUUUUAUUUAAGGAAACUGAAGUAUACUGCUGCUGCCCACCUGCCGGGGCGAUGUGUGUGAUCCCGGCGAGCAAGUGUUUCUGAAACGCCUGUAGUAAAAAUCAUGCUUUCUGCCUCUGGAUUGUUGCCAGCUCUUUGAAGAAGGGGAGAAAUGUGUGUUUACCGUGGGGAUGUUUCCGAUAUGCUGCUACGGUUGUGACACUGGAGCUAGAGAAAAUAAAGCCUUGAUCUUUGAA